AUAGAAUAUGUUAGCCUUUGUUGUAUUGUUCUUAUCAACAAAGACGAGACCACUCGUUAACCACUUCUGUGAAACUCCAUGUGAUUAUUGCAUUUUCGUUGUCGUGUGUUUGCACCAAAGAUACUGGAUAUAAUGACGAGAUGCGUGUGUCUCCGCCCUAACAAUGGGGAUUCGAUGUCAACAGAGCACAACGGCGAGGUCCCCCCCUAUUGCUUUCUUUAGAUAGGUGGAUACAUCUCGUUUUUUGAAUAUUCUAUGAGGGGUGUUAACGUCCAACGCCUGUAGACCGUCUUGAAUUUCAACAGGGACAGCUCUAGUAUAAAGUGAUUUUCUCAAAGUUGCCGGGAUGUCAGUGCAUCACACUUAUAUCAGUACACUCGUAAUAACCUAAGCAUUACCAAACUUAUAUUAUAUCAAAUAAGCCGCACGUAUUACAAUAGCAUUUACUUUUUUAUCUUGAUUUAAUUCGACACUCUCAUUGCCCCGACCCCAUACAAAAACGCCAUACAUAAUUAAUGAUCUGCUUAACGUGGACAGAUUUUGGGCAGAGUACACCCUCUUGCAUUGCCUCUCCCCAUCUGGUUACACUUGCAUUCAGUAGCAUCUAUGAAUCACACGAAUACAUGGGAUUGACGUCAAACGGAAGAACCAAGGACAGGAUGGUUCCAGGGACUAUUCAUUAGCGGAUUCUGUUGCAAGACGUUUCUUUAACGGAAGCAAAAGGAACGAAACAGGGAGGGACCUAUCUGAAUUUGUCCAAUAGAAACUCGUGGUUGGACUAAUGACAACACCCCUGAUGUUCUGAGAUUCUAUCUGGUGUUUACAAAACAAUUUCUGCUGCGAGAUUAUGAUAUCCUGACUUGUUUAAAGAAUUCAAAUGAAGAAGCACUCCAGUCAACAAGAUGAAGAGCAAACCUGGGAAAAAGCAACACAGCAAAACUAAGAUGUCUAAACAACAUCGAGACCCCAUCAAAACAGUGUGUGGAAGACAGUCAGAUGAUUUUGACUGCAAUAGAGAAGAACCAGACAUUAGUCAAGCACCCUACAUUACUAAAGGGGUUUGCAUCAGCUCCAUCCAAAUCAAAGAGGAACCAACAGACUUUGAACAGCAGGGAAUGGGAGAGGAACAAAACCGUUCAGUUCCUUCCUUCCAGAAGAAGCACAUCAAACAUCAAAAUACAUCCAGUCCAAUGACCGGGUGUAGCCAGAUAUCAAGGAGUCCUAUGGUGAUGCUAACAAGAUUGUCUAAUGUGGUGGUUAAGACUCUUCUGCGAGACACUAAAGUGUGUUUGGUGAAGGAGGAAAACCCAGAUGAGCCCGAUUGCGUCUCUACUUCUCAGUUCUUUCCUUGUCCACACUGCACCAUUUCCUUCACUGACUGUUACUUCCUGGAGAAUCACAUCAAGACCAAACACCCGAAGCAGUACCUGGCCAUGCUGAAAAGCCACGUCUCAACGAGUAAAACCGUGUAUGCCCCCACACACAGCUGUCCCCACUGUAGCUGCAUGUUCCAUACCUCACGGCAGCUACACGUCCACACCCGUCAGGCCCACUCCUCUGCCCCGUUAAGGAAACUUCACCCCUGCCCCUAUUGUGCCCGCAGCUUCCAGUACAUAGCCAGACUGCAUACUCACUGCAAGGUUUGGCACAAAAUGUCUGUCGCUUUCACAGAUGGAUACCUCAGUUGCGCUGACUGCGGAAAGAGCUUCAAGAAUUGCUGGGGACUGGGGCCUCACCAGUGUCACAAGCCUGAGGACACUAAGCCUGAGGAUGGCCCUGUCUAUAUGAGCAUUGGCAUGCCAUGCUCAGAGUGUGGCAAAAGCUGCUCUAGUCCUCAGAAUCUGCGCAUUCACAUGCGCACACACACCGGCGAGAAGCCUUACGUCUGUAAGGAGUGUGGCAAGAGCUUCUCAGAAGCCAGCAGUCAUUGCAAACACAUGAUGAUACACUCGGGGGUCAAGCCAUUCAAAUGCCAGGAUUGUGGAAAGGAUUUUGCCCGGAUGGGGCGCCUCCGAGUUCACAUGACUAUUCACUCUGGCGAGAAGUCUUUCUCCUGCUCCAAAUGUGACAAGCGGUUUGCAUACAAGGACUGUCUGAAGCUUCACCUGCGCACACACUCAGGGGAGAGACCUUUCAAAUGUACUGUGUGUGGUAAAGACUUUGCUUACAGAAAUUAUCUGAAGUUGCAUCUGAAGAUCCACAGCAAUGAAAGGAACUACCAUUGUGGGGUUUGUGGGCUGAAGUUCAUAAACAGUGCAGCAUUGAAAACCCACCAGCGCACACACACUGGUGAGAGGCCUUUCCAUUGCACAGUGUGUGACAAGACAUUUUUCCGACAUGAACACCUGAAGAACCACCAGCGCACUCACACAGGUGAGAAACCAUACACCUGUACCGAGUGCGGUAAAAGCUUCACUCAGUCUGGAGAUCUAACCAAACACAAGCGCAUCCACACUGGGGAGAGGCCAUUUGAAUGUUCUGAAUGCCACCGACGGUUUAUCUGUUCUGCUGAUCUGACCAGACACAUGAGGAUCCACAAUAACUCACGGCCAUAUCCCUGCCAAGAGUGUGACAAGAGAUUCCGCUUGGCCAACCACCUUAAAAUUCACAUGAGGACCCACACUGGGGAGAGACCAUACUCCUGCCCCCGCUGCCAUCGCACCUUCGCUCGCACCCACCACCUCUCUGGUCACCUGCCUAGAUGUCACUGAAUGAUGAAAUUAGAAUGUAUAUAAAUAGUAUUUUACUCUUGUUGUAGUAAUUUAAUAAGGGAACAGUGAUCUACAGAAGAUGGUUUUGUGCCCGACUCUGUUGUGGUAAUGCCAAUAAAGGCCUCUAUAGUCUGUGAGAGAUGGCA